UUAUUAUUUUUUUUGCCUUUGGUUAUGGGGUAACUUUAAUUUGGCGAAAAAACCAAGAAUGUUAUUGCGCACUGUCUACAUAGAAACAAUCAAAAACCUCUGACCUCUGAAUUCUAGGCUUAUGUCUUCCAAAGAAUAGAAUCAUCCAUCUACUUUUAUCUCUCUCUAUUACAUCCCGCAAUCUUCGCAAGUUUGAGGUGACAAGCAGCGAUAUUUCUUUUAAAAUUUCUUCUUAAGAUCUUGGUCAAGAAGGGCAUCAACUCGUUCAGGAUUUCCUGAAGAGAGAGGGUGUCCAAUUGCAUUUCUUCUUCAUCUGCCUGCUGAAGGUCCUCUAUCAAUUUCCUUCGCUUAUUCCCAAGUUCCUAUUGCCUCAAUCAUGAGAGUUGGAGGAUUUCCAAUGAUACAUGUGGAAGGUAUUUGAGUAAUUGACAUUGAUAGAAGACAGCAUCAUGGGUGCAGUUUGUUGCUGCUUGCGAGAUGAAUGCGAAGAUUUUGCCAAUCCAAACAGCUCUAUGUAUAGGAACUGUUUAUGCCUUCGAUCAUUUGUUCAAAACUUCUUCCACGUGUAUACAUCAUUGUUUCACAGAGGAGAACAACAUGCCAUUCUUUCAUCAACUCAAGGUACAGCAUCUUUGAGUUCUACAGCAUCCCUUGAUAACUCACUAUCUGAUAUAUACCGCUCUCCUCCGAGACCACUUCCUUACGAUGCCGAUCCCAGAUACUUCCGCUUGCAACGAGAUGGACUAGUCUCAAGAAGGGAGAAAGGAUCAAGUCACUCGCUUGAGGAAACUGAACCACUACGAAGAAGUGAUAUUGAUGAUGAUUCUGAAUCUCUGAGUACGGGUAAUAAAUGGAAGGAGUCUGCAUGUGAAGAAGGAUCAAAAGAAUACAAUUCCAAAUCAUUGAAAAUCUCAACAGCUAAAACAACUACUGAAUUUACUCAAAUUUGUUAUUCUUCAGAAGAUGAAGAUGUCUGCCCGACAUGUCUCGAAGAAUAUACAGAAGAAAACCCAAAAAUAAUGACAAAAUGCUCUCACCAUUUCCACUUGGGUUGCAUAUAUGAGUGGAUGGAGAGAAGUGACAACUGUCCAGUAUGUGGCAAGGUAAUGUUAUUCGAUGAGACGCCGUGAUCAUUGCUCUCAAAAGGCUCCGGUCGUGGAUGAAACCAGCCGGAGAUUAGGGCAAUAACUAAUAAACCAGAAAAACUAAUGUAAAGUCAUUGUGAAUAUCCAUCCAGCUAAGUGUGUGACCCUACUACCUCAGUAAAAAUGAAACUAGUGUUCAAUAUAACUUUGUUUGGGACUUACGAGUUCAUAUCGUUCCUUGAUGCAACAAAAAGCAGUUUCAAAGCACUUUAUGUAAUCUUGUUUUGAUUUGAUGAAUGGUUUAUCACUUUAUACAGCACGUUGGUCUUACUUUCACA